AUGGGGAACGAAAUAUGUGGAGAACAAGGAAAUAGAGGACUGAGAGAGAAUAUGCAGGAAACAUGGGAUCAACAUCUUACGAAAAGAAUAGGAGAUAAUAUGAAAAAUAUGGGGAAACUUGCGGAGAUAACCCCAAAAGACUUUCACGAUAAUCAAAUACGUAAUGCAGAAAAGGUGAUAACUGUUGUAACAGGAAGACAAUUUUCCGCAGUAGUGGCUUUCCGGCUGGCUUUUAUGUGUGAAUAUCCGUUGCAUCAUCGUCUCACACCGGAAAUACAAGCCACCACAAAUAUCAUAACAACGAUUAAUUGUAAAUCAAGAAGCAAUGACAGUGUAAUAUAUGUCUACCCCAGACUGAAGGAAGAAGUAGGCACGGGUUUCACCAAGCGCCCCGUGCAGCGGUGGAUUUCCAUCGGAAUAAAGAAACCUGUUCCAAGAGCGCUCGCGAAAGUCCAGGCUGAUUCUUCGAGUAGUGCGAGCACAGUCACGCGCACGAAAUUCACGUGUUUGAGAGCUGCGGGCGCGGAGAUCCCCGGCGAGUGGCGGGCGGUGACCGGUGACCCGGCGCCGCUUUCCCGCGCCAGCCGCGCUGCCCACAGACCACUCAACGAAUACAGUAAAGGCCAGUCUUUCCUGGUUCACCUUUUCCGCGAUGUAGUGACGUCUUCCAUAGUGCAGAAAUGUGAAAGGAUGGAAUGGUGCCAAAAGCGCCUCCAUAGCGCCAGACAAAGGAGCCGGUUUUUUAUUUAUGGCUGUACCACUUAUAGUGCUAUCAGAUUGCUCUUCCGCAAAUGUCAGGAGCGCGCGCGGGCAGGCCGGCCGCGCGGCGCGGAGCCUUCUGUUAAGGGAGCGUGCCGCAAUCGCCCCCGCCAUCUGCACACGGCGGGGAGCAACGCAGCAGCAGCAGCAGCAGCACCGGCGCACUGUGCGCCGAAAUGGAAGGCAAACCGCUCACUACUCCGAAUGCGCGGAACCGUUGAUCCAAAUGCAUUAACUCCACGCCGGCCGCCUGGACCAAUGGGGCCGCGAGGCGCGUCCCCGCCCAAGGAAGCUGCCAAUGGGAGCGAGCGCCCGGGGCGCGUGGUUCCAGAGGUCUCCGCCGCGCGCGCCGUUUCGCGCCGGUGCCCGGUGCCCGUGGAGGGAGUUUUGAAGAGUAGAGAAGGGACGCGCCGGCGACACAGCGAAGCAGUCGUGCGUGGUUCAGUGAGCGAGCAAGUCGCCUUAUCUUCAUCUUCAUCUCUGUGCAGUCCAUAUCUACUGCAAAAAAUGUUGAAAGCUAUGAAUUUUUAUUACUCUAUUAAAACAAAAUUCAAAUUCAAAUUUUGGUAUUUGCAUUCGAAGAUGUCGGCGAACUUGAUGGAACGAGUGGGAGUGAACGAGCUAAAGGAUCGACGCGGGGGAAUAUGGAAAGCGCUCCUCGCAGAGUUCCUUGGCACUAUGAUACUGAACCUCUUCGGAUGCGGAUCCUGCAUCAAUGUCAAUGAAACCCAAACUGGAGGUUAUAUUCUCAUCAGCCUUUCCUUUGGUCUUGCAGUCAUGGCGGCUAUUCAGGCUGUUGGUCACGUGUCUGGGGCACAUGUCAAUCCUGCUGUAACUGCCGGAAUGCUUGUGACCGGUCGUGUAUAUCCACUAAAGGGACUUCUUUAUAUAAUAGCACAAUGCAUCGGUGCAAUUACUGGCACUGCUAUUCUGAAGGCCUUGACGCCCGACAAAGUGCAGAGUAAUCUAGGCAUGACGACACUUGGCCCAAAUGUCACCGCAAUUCAAGGAUUCGGAAUUGAAUUUUUCCUUGGAUUCAUUCUUGUGCUGGUAGUUUUUGGUGUGUGUGAUCCUAACAAACCUACUACCGCAGGAAUUGCCCCGCUGGUAAUUGGACUUACCGUUACUGUGGGUCACUUGAUGGCGAUUGAUUACACUGGAUCCAGCAUGAAUCCUGCCCGCACUCUGGGCUCUGCAGUGGUGAGCGCUCACUGGGAUGACCACUGGGUGUAUUGGUUGGGACCAAUUCUUGGUGGAAUCUCUGCAGCCCUUCUUUAUUAUCAUGCCUUCAGUGCACCUGCUGUUGAAGCACCUACAGAAUACAGCCCUGUGCAGUUGAAGCGCCUUGACAAGAACAAGGAUGAGGAUGGAAUGGCUUGAAGCAACAAUAUAAAGUUCAGUAACUUUUGUGACAUAAUUUGAAAAUUGUUUUUACUCACGACAAAAGACUAAGCUUUUAGUCUAAAGACAAAUGUGGAGAAGCUUUGCAAGCCACAUAUUGACCAUUUCUUAUAUUUUAUUGAUAUAAUGCAAAAUGUGUUCAUAUUGAGAAUGGUAAAAUAUUCUUCAGGUAAACGCAUAGAUAACCAUUGAUAUUAAUGUGAAUAUUCUCUAGUAUUCGAUAUAAUGCAAUUUUUUUGUGGAAAAAGUUAAGUCUUGAAAUACAUUGGAUUUGUCUAUUUAAAAUUUCAUGAAAAGAAGUGCCAGUUUCCUGUGUGUACCUGCAGAAGAUACAACAAUUUUUUAUUAAGACUUGUUAAUUUAAUACAAAUUUGCUUGGUAUGUCAUUAAAACAUGAAUUCAUUCAUUCAUUCAUUCAUUCAUUCUUUCAUUCAUCUGUUAUCACCUUUUUAGUUUUACGUAUUCCAAAAGUUUCACAAUUGUUCCAUGCAUUUUGAUGUAAAUGAUGAUUGCAUAUAGGUUUCUGAAUGUUUUAUUAAAUUGAGCCAUGCAAUCACAUCAUUAUUCACCAGCAAUAUUUUUAUGUACAUCAUUUCAUUAAACAUUUUUUAAAAAUAAACAUGGAGUGUAUGACUUGCUUCAAAAAUGUAAAUAGUGUAUGCUUGAUUGUUCAUUAAACAAAUUAGAAUAAUUUCUUUUUAAUUUCACCCUUGCAUCUGCCCAGAUUAUUUGUCAAACAGUUAAACUGUUACUAUCUACGGAGAAAAGAGCAAUAUGCACAUGGUUCUUUCAGGUCUAGGAAGUCUAUAACUCGACAUGUUAAGUUUGUGUACAUGCAGCAAAAAGUAGUGCAGUUUUGGGAGCUAUCUUUUCGAAGUCAAGGAAUGACCAAAAUUUGGAUUAUGGUUACCUGUUAACAUUUUAAACUCUUGACACUCUUUAAGAGCAUCGCUAUCACACUUCCGUCACCUGACAAACCAUCCCUCCACAGUAACAUAUGAACUGGUGGCACCUGGCAGUGCUAAGAGGAAUUGCUAGAGCUCACUCAUAAAACUGGAUAGUCUUCACCUAACAAUUUUGAUAUGUAUAAUGUGCAGGCACUUAAGUAAUGUUAAUGAAUUUAGGCAACUCAUUUGUUGAAAGUAAUCCAUGGUAAGAUGUCAUCUUUUGUUAUUCACUACAAUUAGUCUUCCCUCA